GAAUUGGUUGGGGUUGUUGGAGUUGCAUAAUUUUUAUUGCAGUUUUGCAGUUUGCAGUGCAGCUUACAGCUGAUCUUAUAAAGUGUUCCGCCGGUUACUUAGGCGUUUCUUAGUGUUUAUAUUGCGAUAAACUCCGUCACUUCUAACAAUGUUUGCUUCUGGAAGAAUCGGAACCUUUAUCCGAGCUGCUGGUGCCUGCCGCCAAAAGCACACUCUACCAGAGAUGCCAUAUGAGUACAAUGCUCUUGAGCCAGUGAUCAGCCGGGAAAUAAUGUCUCUCCAUCAUUCCAAACAUCACGCCACAUAUGUUAACAACCUGAAUGCUGCUGAAGAGAAAUUAGCACAAGCUCAGGCAAAAGGUGACAUAGACACAAUUAUCAGUUUGGCGCCAGCGCUCAAGUUCAAUGGCGGUGGUCACAUCAACCACACGAUUUUUUGGCAGAACCUCUCCCCUAAUGGUGGUAAACCAUCAGAUGUUCUGCUCAAAGCCAUUGAGAAAGACUUUGGCUCCCUCGAUAACAUGAAGAACUCUUUGGCCACCGCGUCAGUGGGCGUGCAGGGCUCCGGUUGGGGCUGGCUGGGGUACAACAAGCAGAGCAAGAAACUGCAGAUCGCCACCUGCCAGAACCAAGACCCUCUGCAGGCAACUACUGGUCUGAUUCCUCUCUUCGGCAUCGACGUCUGGGAACACGCGUAUUACCUGCAAUACAAAAACGUUCGUGCGGAUUACGUUAAGGCAAUAUUCGACGUGGCAAAUUGGGCAGACAUCUCAAGUAGAUACGAGAAGGCUCUGUGAAUGGCCCGCAUUUCUUAGAUUUUAAUCGUAAACUUGCUGUAAUUCACGUAGUGAAGUGCAUUGAAUUAUGUGAUGUUAAUAUAUUUUAUGUUUAUAAAAAGUAUACCUCUUA